AACUCUUGCGGCCGGGCUGUGGCGCUGCAGUCGAGUCUUGGUGCUCAGUCCACGGGACUCCGCGGACACGCAGGGGUCCGCAGGGUUAUUUGUACUGCCUCCGGGAACACCAGUCUGCCUGGUUCCGUCCCUACCCCACUGGGAGGCCUCGGUCAUGUUCUCCAGGGCCCAGGUGAGGCGAGCUCUUCAGCGAGUGCCCGGCAAGCAGCGAUUCGGCAUCUACAGAUUCCUGCCCUUCUUUUUUGUCCUGGGAGGUGCGAUGGAGUGGAUCAUGAUUAAAGUGCGCGUGGGCCAGGAGACCUUCUAUGAUGUCUACCGUAGAAAAGCUUCAGAAAGACAGUAUCAGAGAAGGCUGGAAGAUACAUCAGAAACCAAUCUUCAUAAGCUAAUAAAAAUUCCAACACCAUGGCAGUAAAAGACCUCCUUUUCAAGAUCACCUUAACUAGGGUUUUCUUCCUGAGAUGUUCAAGAUGAAAACAACUAAACAUUUGUCAUUGGAUUUGGCAAACAUUCCUUCAAAACAGAGGAUCACAGAUCUUUGUGCAAGAUCCAGCACUAAAGUACUUUCCCGUUGCGAUGUUGUACUGUCCUAUUUAUCAACUUAAAAUCAGUAUUAUUGUCCCACAUUUGCAGGGUUCUAGACAUAGAGCAACAUUUUCAUUUCAGUGAAUAAUAACUCCAAUCUUCCAGUUUCCUAACUACUCACAGGAGUGAGUCAUCCUUGAAAGCUCUACCCUGGAACUCCACAUUGUAUUUACUAAGACUGCUGUUAGCCUGCCCUCCUGAAUACUACUGUUUGUAAUUAGUCACACUAAAGAGGCCAUCAUUCUUGCUUGGCUUAUCACAAUAGCCUUCUAGCAGAUCUCCUUGCUUCUACUCUUGGCCCCUUUACAGUCUCAUCUCAAUAAGGAGAAAGCAGAGCAACCCUAUUAAACCAGAAGUCAAAUGUUACUUCUCUGCUUGAAACAAUAACAAAGACACUUUUUGUAACUCUGUAAUAGUUCAAGGGCUCACAUGGUUUCUGAAACCUUACAUGAUCUGCCCAUUACCCCAUCUACCACCUUUUAUAGGGCUCACUAUGCUGAUAAGUGAAUUACAGGUUAAGAGUGAUGUACUUAUCUCUCAGGCCUUUAUUCUGGUUAUUAAUUCUGCCUGGAAUGCUUUCCCUGAUAGUCACAAUUCUUACAUUUCUUCACAGUAACCCAACUGCCACAUUCUUUGUGAAAUCUAUUCAAACCAUUCUCUCUGUUCUGAGCACCUCACAAUUUCAACAGUAUGUAUCAUGUUUGGUACACACAUCUGAAUAUUAUAUGUACCCCAUUUGAAUAAAGCUCUACUGAAGUAAAAUUA